AUGGGACUUCCCUCUCUCGCCCUCCCAGGCCAACUGCUCGGCCACACCGACAAAUACCUCCCCGGCCCCGGAACCCACAUCCACGAGUCCAACAUCUACGCUUCCAUCGCCGGCCCCGUCCUCUCCAGCCCACCAUCCCACAACCCACCCACCCCAUCCUCCUCAAAAGCACACCCCACACCCUUACUCUCCGUCGCACGACCCCCUCCCACCUCCUCCCCCGGCAUCCUCGGCCCCUCGUCCGGCGGCGGCACCGCCCUCCUCCCCACCAUAUCCUCCAUUGUCCUCUGCCGCAUCACGCGUCUAGGCCCACGCUUCGCAACCUGCGACAUCCUCGUCAUCGACGACGUCGUCUGCCGCGAAGCCUUCCAGGGCCAGAUCCGCCGCGAAGACAUUCGGGCCACGGAAAAGGACAAGAUCAAGAUGGAGGAGAGCUUUCGCGUUGGCGACUUGGUGCGUGGGGUCGUGAUUAGCCUGGGUGAUCAGAGUAAUUACUAUGUGGCCACGGAGCGGAAUGAGUUGGGGGUUGUGUUGGCGAGGAGUGAGGAGGGGAGGUUGAUGUACCCGGUUAGUUGGAGGGAGUUUGUGGAUCCGGUUAGUGGGGUUGCGGAGAGGAGGAAGGCGGCGAAGCCGUUUUGA